AUGGCCGAAGACGCAACGCCGCUGCCGUCGUUUGGCGGCCGUCUCGCCAACUUUGCAUAUACGGCGAACGAAGACGAUGCCGCGAGUCCCUCGUCGGCACGGAGUCUGCGCAGCCGAAGCAUCACAGCGCCAGCGGUCCGCUCGACCCCGGGCUCGCCCGCCAAGUCUCCAUUGCAAACCGCAAUGAAGCGCAAGCUGGAGGAUGACGGCGAGGCAGACGGAACAACCUUCGCUGCUAUCCCCAGAUUUUCCGGGGCCUCAGCCCGUUCCACAGCAUCCUCACCCAGUCCGUCGCCGACAAAACAGUCGCGCCGGUCCCGGCCGGCGAAACCCAGCAAAUACGCCCCUCCCACCACCUAUGCGCACCUCCCGUUACUGCCGGACGCCAUCGCGCCCAAUUUGUUGGUGCUCUUCGUCGGCCUCAACCCGGGCAUCGAGACCGCGCGGUCCGGCCAUGCAUAUGCACACCCCUCCAAUCUCUUCUGGAAGCUCAUGUACAGCAGCGGGGUCCUGCCGGAAUGGUGCACGGCGCAGGAGGACCGGACGCUGCCGGCGCGGUUCCGGCUGGGGCUGACGAACAUCGUGGCGCGGCCGUCGCGGAACGGGGCUGAGCUGAAACCGGCCGAGCUAGACGCCGGAGUGGCGAUUCUGGAAGCAAAGGCGCGGCGGUGGCGGCCAGAGGUGAUGUGUUUUGUGGGCAAGGGGAUCUGGGACAGUGUGGUACGUGUGCGAGCGCGGCAGGGACGACCGAAGCCGGCGUUCAAGUACGGAUGGCAGGAUGAGAGUGAAAACAUGGGAGUGUCUGGCGGCGAUGGCGAUGUGGAAGGCCUGCAAGAGCGAACCGCCAAAGAGGAGAUUCUCGACGACGAGGAGAGUGAAAAAUACGUCGAUGAGCCCAACGUUCGCGUCGAAUGGAAAGGCGCGCGUGUGUUUGUUGCCUCAAGCACGAGCGGGCUCGCGGCAUCUCUACUACCGGCCGAGAAGGAGGCCAUAUGGCGGCAGUUGGGCUCAUGGGUAGAACAGAGGCGGAAGGAGAUGAAAGAAAAGACCGGUUGA